UGAAAGUAGAAAAACAGUUACUGUAGAAUGGUUUACCGUAUGUUUUGUGGUUGUUACACACAGCAGUUUAUUUAUUGAUUUUUGCCUGAAACUUCAGUGAUUCUAGAUUUGUGGACAUUACCUGUACAGGGUCUGCAUUAACUGGAUUUGAUACAAAACACUUCUAUUUUAACCACACACACAGGGCAUUCCUACCAAAAUGCUCAGAGUGAAUUAAAAGCUGGCUGACUUCAGACAUCCCAGGGACUGACACUGAAGUACACAAAGUAGAAAACAGUCUACAGGGAGAAAGAAAACAUGCAGAAUUUGUGUGCCACAAAUGGGAGAGCAGAGCAAUGCUGUGGGGAGCACAGACGGAAACUGGAGUUAUUCUGCAUUGAGGAUGAGGCCUUUGUUUGUGUGCUGUGUGUUCCUGGACACUCAUCUCACAGAUUUUUGCUGCUGCAUGAGGCAGUCAGUUUGUAUAAGGACAAACUAAAUACAACCUUGUUGUCCCUGCAAUUAAAAGUCAAGGAUCUUAAAGAUUCGCAAAAAAAGACUGAGAAGGAGGUCCAGGACAUAAAAGAACAUGCUUGCAGUUUGGAACAAUACAUUACGUUACAGUUUGCAAAACUACAUCAGUUUCUGUAUGACAGAGAACAAAAACUCAUUCAGCAGCUUAAGAAGGAAGAUGCAAAAAUUCUCAAACAGAUGGAAGAAAAUCUCGAAGGCAUUAAAAAAAAUGUUACGGACACCAACAUGGCGGUGUCUGAUGUAAUCUCAGGGCGCAAGAGUGAAGAAGUGGAGAUUCUAAAAAAAACAGAAGAAAACUCCGGAGAUAUUAAACAUUAUACUUUGGCAACUUGGGAAGAAGCCGUCUCUGACGAUUUGCAGAUCAUAAAGCAACAAACCAUUGGCUGUCUAACAGUACCAGAAACAUUUGAAGAUGUUGCUGUCACUUUCUCAGAAGAGGAAUGGAAGAUAUUAAGAAAACAAGACAAGAUGCUUCACAGGGAAGUGAUGGUACAGAACUAUGAAAACCUGAUUUCAAUGGGAUACAGAAUCCCUCCAAAGAAAUUAUUACUUCUACUUAAAGAAGGUGGUGGUGUUGAAGUGUCACGUGGUACAAUGGAAGGUAAACUUGCCACAGAACCUAAAGUUAAUAUUGAAGACAAGCUCAACAGUGAAGGAUCUCAGCUGCAUCACUUAACGGAGAAUUUACAGCAGUGUGCUCAUCCUUUGAGGGGCUGCAAGAGUCUUUGUCUCCCUCCUGUACCACACCACCACUCAGGACAUAAAUGCAGCCAGAGCACUGAAUCUGACAAUAAAACACCUCAGUUGCAUCACCCAUCAGAGAAUCUGCAAAAGUGCACUCAGCAUGUGAAAUGCUGUGAAAAACUACAUCACACACAUGCACCACAGCUUCUCCCUGGAAAUAUCUGUAGCAGGAGCUCUGAUUGUGACAGUGCAACACCUGAAUUACCUCACCCAACAGAAAAGUUGCAGCAGUGUGGUCAGCCUGCAAAGGACUCAGCCAUUCUUCAGCCUACUCUUGUACCACAGUCUCCCUCAGAACAUAACUUUAACAAGAACUCUGAAUGUGAUAAAGGUUGUAUUGUUCAGCAGAUUCCAGUAAUCCAGAAUUCUCACACAGCAGAGAAGCCAUGUAAUUUCGUUGAAUGUAUUAAGAGUUUCGUACAAAAGAAUGAUCUGAUAAAAUAUCAAAAGACUAAGAGUUGCAUAGGGGAAAAAAUAUAUACAUACAAAUGUCCUGAAUGUGGUAAGUCUUACAGAGGAAAGAGUGCUCUCUUAUAUCACCAAAAAACUCACGGGGAGAAACCAUAUAAAUGUUCUGAAUGUGGUAAGUGUUUUUCACAGAGCAGUGACAUGAUACGUCAUCAGGCCAUUCAUACGGGAAAGAAACCAUAUAAAUGUGCUGAAUGUGGCAAGUGUUUUUCGCAGAGCAGUAUUUUGAUGCGCCAUCAAGUCAUUCACACAGGGGAGAAACCAUAUAAAUGUACUGUAUGUAGCAAGAGUUUCACAAGACCAAGUACGCUUAGAGCCCAUCAACAAAUGCACACAUUUGGAGAAAUUAAGAAAAAGGAGAAACCAUAUAAAUGUCCUGAAUGUAGUAAGUGUUACACAGCAAAGAAUGCUCUUGUAUACCAUCAAAAGACUCACACGGUGGAGAAACCAUAUAAAUGUACUGAAUGUAAUAAAUGGUUUAUGUGGCAUAGUCAGUUGAUAUGCCAUCAGGCUCUUCACACAGGGAAGAAACCAUAUAAAUGUACAGAAUGUGGUAAGUGUUACACAGAAAAGAGUGCUCUUUUAUAUCACCAAAAGACUCACACGGAGGAGCAGCCAUAUAAGUGUACUGAAUGUAACAAAUGGUUUAUGUGGCAUAGUCAUUUGAUACGACACCAGAUCAGUCACACUGGAGAAAAACCAUUUAAAUGUGAUCAGUGUAGUACUAGUUUUACACGGCAAAGUACGCUUAGAGCCCAUCAAAAAAUUCACACUGGGGAGAAACCAUAUAAAUGCACGGAAUGCAGUAAGUGUUUUUCACAUAACAGUAAUCUGAUACGCCAUCAAGCCAUUCACAGAGGGGGAGAGGAAGAAUUACACUCCUCUUUUACUGAGAACGUACAAGCCACUCUAGGAGGUGUUGACCAUUAACUUGCAUUCACAGCUUAUGGGCAUUUAAAGUCCAGCAAUGACAGCUGAAAGGGGAAAAAAUAUAUGAAAUGAAAACCAUAAUGGAAUCACCCAUCAUUAAAACCAUGACAGAGAACUGUGAAAAGGGGUGGGGCCUAAGCACGGUAUGGAUAUUUAACUAAAAACGCAUUUGGUAGUAUUCCCCAUUAAUUGUUCAAGCUUAUCAAUGUGUAAAGUACACUGUUCAUUGAUAAAUGGCAUAGAAUUCACUAUAAAAUAGUGACAAACCACUUUACAAUCAGCAGUAAAAAAAGAGGGAAAUUUAUUAUCACAGUUAUAAAAAUCCAACAAGAGAGAUUCCAGGGUGAUUAAUUGUCUCUGUUGCUGUUUUGCCUUUCUCUCAGUCCAUGCUGUUUUGCCUUUCUCUCAGUCCAUUAAGCUGUCUAUGGCUAAAGCUGGAGUUCUAGCAAAUGGCCUUGCCAAAUGACAUCUCACUUCCAUUUUACGAAUGAUUUCAAAGUUUAUAGUUCAUCUGACAAGCAACUGAAAAUACAACAAAUGAUUUGAAACUUUUUCAUGUAAUAUAAGACAGACAUUUGGCCUUAAUGGGUUUAAUGUGUGAAAGCAAUAUUUAUCACAAGAAAUCUGAAACAUCAAGGGAAAAAGUCAUAACUGGAGAAGAAUAUGGCAUUAAAGACCUUUUAUUCAGGAAGGGUUCCUGCUAGUCCAAGAGGCUGAAUAAUUGCAAAUCCUAUGUUGGUCCAAUAAGAGGUAUUACAACAUGUCUGUUCAACA